AUGGAGAACAUUCUGGUUUUUGUUCAUUAUAAUGGAAGAUGGAAUCAGAAUAUGGAAUACAUCGACUUUGAACCAAUUGGAAUAGUAGUCAAUACAGCAUGUGACUACAACAACUUUCAAGAAAUUCUGUAUAAGCAACUGCAAAUCAACCAUAUGUCAACUCUCCUAGAAAUUAAAUAUCAAGUCAGAAGCAACUAUCCACCUUUAAAAAUAUCUGACAAUGUAAAUUUAUCAUUCUACUUAGAGCUCAAGAAAAAUGAAUCAGAUUGCAUGAAGUAUCCGUUGUGUAUUUCAACAACAACAUCUCAAAAGGAAGUGAGUUUUUUAGAUUCAACUUUCACCUUAUCGAAUGCCGACAUUCCACAUUCAGAGUAUGCUUCAAAGUCAACAUUUGAGAUUGGAUCAACAAGUGAUAAACAGGGGGAGAUACCAGAUUUAAUACAUUAUGCAAAAAUGAUAUCGAAGAAUACGAUGCAAAUUGAAGAUGAAGUGCAAAGCAACUUCAAAGAGGAUAUCAUAAUAACAGAUCCAAGACAAAAAGAAAUAAAAGAAGGACAGAUAUAUAAAGACAAAGAGGUAUUGAAAACUGUUUUGAGCUUUUAUGCUAUUAAUAACCACUUUCAAUUCAAAGUGCAAAGAUCAUGUGAUAGACAGUAUACAUUAAAUUGUUUGGAUUCGAAAUGCACAUGGCAACUUAAGGCGUCAAGAAAAGGGAAAAGUCAGAUGUUUAUGAUUCGGAAACUAAAUGUCAACCACAUUUGCUCAUUAUUUGAGAGAACACAAGAUCAAAGGCAAGCGACAGCAAAUAUAAUUGCAGAUUGCAUCAAAUCAAAGUUUGUUGACCUCAAAUCUGUCUACAAACCAGCUGACAUUAGGAGAGAUAUGAAGGAACUUUAUGGAAUUAAUAUAGGCUACACAAAAGCUUGGAGAUCGAAAGAAAUUGCAGAGGAAAAAGUACGUGGAAAUCCAGCAGACUCAUUCAAUCUCAUAACAAGCUAUUUGUACAUGAUAACACUCACUAAUCCAGGGUCUGCAAUUGAGAUGGAAGUGAAGGAGGACAACACCUUCCUUUAUGUGUUUAUGGCAUUGAAUGCCUCAAUCAAAGGUUGGGAAUUCUGCAUUCCAGUCAUUAUAGUGGAUGGUACCUUUCUCACAUCGGCAUAUGGCGGUACGUUAUUAACAGCAAGCUCACAAGACGGUAAUGGUAAAAUAUUUCCUCUUGCUUUUUGCAUAGUUGAUUCUGAAAAUAAUGAGUCAUGGGAGUGGUUUAUGGAAAGGAUUAGAGACGCGUUUCAGAUGCGAAAUGAUAUGUGUAUAGUGUCAGAUCGACAUGAUAGCAUCGUGAAAGCAACUGAAAAAGUUUUUCCCGAAGCUAGUCAUACAGUGUGCACAUACCAUUUAUACAACAAUAUGAAGAAACACUUCAAAAAAUCAGCAACAGAGGCAAGAGAGGCAUAUUUUGGAGCAGCAAAGGCUUACACGACUAAGUCAUUCGACUAUUACAUGAAGGAGAUAGACAAAAUAAAUAAGAAAUUGAGACCUUAUCUAAAAGAUGUUGGAUACAAAAAAUGGACGAGAGCUCAUUGCGGUAAGAACAGACACGGAACCAUGACAACCAAUAUUGCUGAAUCUCUCAAUGCGAAAAUACAAGCUGCCAAGGAUCUUCCAAUCACAACAUUGCUAGAGUACCUGCGAUCAUUGGUACAAGAAUGGAGCUAUUCAAAUAGAUUUUUGGCAAGGUCAACAUUCACAGCACUAUCAAAAAGAGGAGAAGAUAUAUUGAAUGAUAACUACAUUCAGUCUCUGAGAUUGGUGGUUUCAAAUUCAACAGACACCUUAAAAUCAGUGAUUGAUCAAACAACAACUUUCAUUGUUGACCUCGAGGACAAAACUUGCACGUGUAGAAAAUUCCAGUUAGAUGGAAUACCGUGCCCUCAUGCAAUGGCAAUACUUAAGGAGAUGAACCAAGAACCUUACAAGUUUUGUUCCCGAUAUUAUAAGAAAGAAACAUUGUUGAAGACUUAUGAGGCAACAGUAUAUCCAAUAGAAGAUCAGAAAAUGUGGGCUAUACCAGAAGAAGUGACAGAAAUGAUUGUGGAAACACCACUUGGAAGAACAAAAUCUGGAAGGCCUAAGAAGAGAAGGUUCAAAUCCAUAAGUGAGAAUUCAAAUAAUGGCAGAUGCAGCAGAUGUAAACUCUAUGGUCACAAUAGGAAGACAUGCAGAAAUAUGCCAAAGACAAAAUAGAGUUUGCAUCAGUUGAUUGCCAGUUUACUUGGGGUUUUACUUUCAUUUAUAUUUCAAUUUUUUUA